AUGUCUUUAAUUCAUCCAGAAAGCAACGAAGAAGACUCACAGUCAGCUGUUGUGUCAUCGAGCUGUGGAGUGCACAUUUAAAUUCAAGAGUUAACAAAGUAGAAUUUAUAGAAAUAUAUGUAUUUUUGAGAAUAAAAACUGUGUUCCUUUGUCACUUCAGCAGUAGAAAUGUUAAAUAAACAUUUUUGCGCUAUUCUCACCUAGCAUACAAGCUAUCUACAUGAGGAAGUACAGUUAAGUGAAGUAUUGUCCGUGCAUUAAAGAAAGAAAUGAGCAGAAAAAGAGCCCUUAUCGCAGACACGUUCUGUUUAACAAAGAGACGCAGAUGUGCAGCUGACAGUGAGACAGCAGAUGGAGCAGCUGAUGUCAGGUCAAGCUUGCAGUAUCUCAUGACACUGUUUUCACGAAAGCUCUUCAAUGAUAGUCUUCCACCAGUCGUCUUAAAACAUCAGCUGUACAGUUUACACAAUGACAAAACCUUAGUGGACAAGCAGGUGAAUGAGUUGAGGGAAAACGGCGAGCUGUUGAUGUUCCAGCUGGGGUUUGACUCCGAGGCCUUCGCUUUGGUGUUCGCUGAAGAUUACAGAACAAAAGUCCUGCAGGGGGAAGCUGGCAGGGAAACAUUGGGAACUGUAGAGAAAUUUCUGGCCAAACUAAUACCCGGCUGCUCCGAUUUGAGUUUCAACAAGGAAAAAAUGCUUAAUGAGUUCCUCUUCACAGACCGAGAGAUUACGCAGCUGGUGAAAUCAGGCGUCUUCACUGUGAGGGAUGCGGGCAGCUGGUGGCUUUCAAUCCCCAACUCUGGCAAAUUCAUUAAGUACUUCAUUAAGGGACGCAAAGCUGUUCUCGGCAUGGUUAAGAAAUCCAGAUACGGGGAAAUCCUCAGGACUGAAUUGGAGGAACGCCGCACUACUUCACAGGUCCAAUUCCAGAUGAAGUAUCACGUUCAUGAUAUAAUGGGAGCAGAGUUAGUAGAGUGCAUAAAGACAACAUCAGGGACAUUAUUACGAUAUGUGGACUGAAACGAAGAGCUCAACUCUCUUGACUUGAAGUGAACUUUGUCAUGUAUUCAUUGCCAUAUUAUUUUGGUUACAAACAGCAGAAUCAACUGUGCACAGUAUAUAUAAUAAAAUUUUGCCAAACUUCUCAGUG